GUGUUGCGCGGGGCUGGGAUUAGGGCCGGGGCGAAUGGCUGGCAAUCUUACUGGGAUUACAGAACAAAGAGGCUCCUGGCCGCCGGCUCUCGCCUGCGCUCCCCGCGCCGCGCCCCGCCCUCCGCCGCAGCCGCCGGGGUGGGGGCCGCCGCGCGCCGCCCCCCGGCCGGCCGAGCGCCCCCCACGCUCCUCCCCGCCCGCCCGCGCCGCCGCCGCUCGCCUCCCUCGGCCUCGCCUGGCCCAUUCUCGCGGAUUAAUUAAGGAGGAGGCAGCGGCAGGAGGCUGAGUCCUGGCCGCGGGCCGGGGCCGGGGUGCCGCUGGCAAGAGCGCUUGGGGAUCCUCCAAGGUGACCAUGGCCUUGCUGGGCAAGCGCUGUGACAUCCCCACCAACGGCUGCGGGCCCGACCGCUGGAACGCCGCCUUCGCCCGCAAGGACGAGAUCAUCACGAGCCUGGUGUCCGCCUUAGACUCCAUGUGCUCGGCGCUGUCCAAGCUGAACGCGGAGGUGGCGUGCGUGGCUGUGCAUGAUGAGAGCGCCUUCGUGGUGGGCACCGAGAAGGGCCGGCUGUUCCUCAGUGCGCGGAAGGAGCUGCAGGCCGACUUCCUCAGGUUCUGCCGAGGACCCCCAUGGAAGGAUCUGGAGGUGGAGCACCCCAAGAAGGUGCAGCGGGGAGAGGGCAGUGGCCGGAGCAUCCCGCGGUCCUCCCUGGAGCACGGCGCGGACGUGUACCUGCUGCGCAAGAUGGUAGAGGAAGUCUUUGAUGUUCUUUAUAGUGAGGCCCUGGGCAGGGCCAGCGUGGUGCCGCUGCCCUACGAGAGGCUACUGAGGGAGCCAGGGCUGCUGGCCGUGCAGGGACUGCCCGAGGGCCUGGCCUUCCGCAGGCCAGCCGAGUACGACCCCAAGGCCCUCAUGGCCAUCCUGGAACAUAGUCACCGCAUCCGCUUUAAGCUCAAGAGGGCACCGGAAGAUGCCGGGCGCGACUCAAAGGCGCUGGUGGAACUGAAUGGCAUCUGCCUGCCCUCCAAGGGCUCCCGGGACUGCAGCCUGCAUGGCCAGGCCCCCAAGGUGACCACGCAGGACCUAACCCCCACCGCCACCACCUCUUCCUCCUCCUCGUCUUCCUCCUCAUCCAUGGCCGGCUUCCUGUACAGCACAGCGCUCCCCAGCCACACUGUCCGCGAGCUUAAGCAGGAAGCACCCACCUGCCCGCUUGUCACCAGCGACCUGGGCCUCAGCCGGCCUGGGCCGGCGGAGCUCACGGCCACCAGCGCCCAGGACUUUUCCGAUUGCUGUGGACAGAAGCCCCCGGGGCCUGGUGGGCCACUCAUCCAGAAUGUCCACGCCUCCAAGCGCAUCCUCUUCUCCAUCGUCCACGACAAGUCGGAGAAGUGGGACGCCUUCAUCAAGGAGACGGAAGACAUCAACACGCUGCGGGAAUGCGUGCAGAUCUUGUUCAACAGCAGAUACGCGGAAGCCCUGGGCCUGGACCACAUGGUCCCCGUCCCCUACAGGAAGAUCGCCUGUGACCCGGAGGCAGUGGAGAUUGUGGGCAUCCCAGACAAGAUCCCCUUCAAGCGCCCCUGCACAUACGGGGUCCCCAAGCUCAAGCGGAUCCUAGAGGAGCGACACAGCAUCCACUUCAUCAUUAAGAGGAUGUUUGAUGAGCGAAUUUUCACAGGGAACAAGUUUACCAAAGACGCUACUAAACUGGAACCAGCCAGCCCACCGGAGGACACCACCCCCGAAGGCUCCCGGACCGCCCUCCUCGACCUGGCUGGCCCUGCUCGGUUGGACAAGGGCAGCAUCUCAGAAGACUGUGGGCCAGGAACAUCCAUGGAGGUGGGUGCGCUGAGGCCAAUCAAAAUCGAGCCGGAAGAUCUAGAUAUUAUCCAGGUCACGGUCCCAGACCCUUCUCCAACCUCAGAGGAAAUGGCGGAUUCUAUGCCUGGACACCUUCCCUCGGAAGAUUCUGGUUACGGGAUGGAGAUGCUGGCCGAGAAAGGCCCCAGUGAGGACCCGCGGCCAGAGGAGCGGCCCCUGGAGGACAGGCACGGGGACGUCAUCCGACCCCUGCGGAAGCAGGUGGAGCUGCUCUUCAACACACGAUAUGCCAAGGCCAUCGGCACGUCAGAGCCCGUGAAGGUGCCCUACUCCAAGUUCCUGAUGCACCCCGAGGAGCUGUUCGUGGUGGGGUUGCCCGAGGGCAUCUCCCUGCGUAGGCCCAACUGCUUUGGCAUCGCCAAGCUCCGCAAGAUCCUGGAAGCCAGCAACAGCAUCCAGUUUGUCAUCAAGAGGCCUGAGCUGCUCACAGACGGCGCCAAGGAACAUGUCACGGACCCUCAAGGUACACCCCCUUACCCUGGUUUCUCUCCCUCGCCCCCAGAGCGAGAUGCUGGGGACCCCCUGGUGGAUGAGAGCCUGAAGAGACAGAGCUUUCAAGAGAACUACGACACCCGACUGUCCAGGAUAGACAUCGCCAACACGCUCAGGGAACAAGUACAGGACCUGUUUAACAAGAAAUACGGGGAAGCCUUGGGCAUCAAGUACCCAGUGCAGGUCCCCUACAAACGCAUCAAGAGCAACCCUGGCUCUGUGAUCAUCGAGGGACUGCCCCCCGGGAUCCCCUUCCGGAAGCCCUGUACCUUCGGCUCUCAGAACCUGGAGCGCAUCCUCGCCGUGGCCGACAAGAUCAAGUUCACUGUCACCAGGCCUUUCCAGGGACUCAUUCCAAAGCCUGAUGAAGAUGACGCCAACAGACUGGGUGAGAAGGUGAUCCUGCGGGAGCAAGUGAAGGAGCUGUUUAAUGAGAAAUACGGCGAGGCCCUGGGCCUGAACCGGCCUGUCCUGGUCCCUUACAAACUCAUCCGAGACAGCCCGGAUGCCGUGGAGGUCACGGGCCUGCCCGACGACAUCCCCUUUCGGAACCCCAACACCUACGACAUCCACCGGCUGGAGAAGAUCCUCAAGGCGCGGGAGCACGUCCGCAUGGUCAUCAUCAACCAGCUCCAGCCCUUUGCAGAAAUCUGCAAUGAUGCCAAGGUGUCAGCCAAAGAUAGCAGCCUGCCCAAGCGCAAGAGAAAGCGGGUAUCGGAGGGCAAUUCAGUUUCCUCUUCCUCCUCCUCCUCCUCUUCCUCAUCCUCCAACCCAGAGUCCGUGGCAUCGGCCAACCAGAUAUCAGUCGUGCAGUGGCCGAUGUACAUGGUGGACUACACUGGCCUGAACAUGCAACUGCCAGGGCCUCUUAACUACUAAGACCUCAGCACCAAACCACGACCUCACUCAGAAAAGACUAAAGGAAAUGUAAUUUAUGUACAAAAUGUAUAUUCGGAUAUGUAUCGCUGCCUUUUAGUUUUUCCAAUGAUUUUUACACUAUAUUCCUGCCACCAAGGCCUUUUUAAAAUAAGUAAAAAGGGAAAAAAAAAA